AAUUUGAGCACCUUGCCAUUUUGAUGGAUGAGGUACGCUAUGAUCGACAACUUCGCUUAUGGGGAGAAGAGGGACAAAAUUCUAUAGCGCGGACAUCGGUCUGCGUGCUAGGCUCGUCUGCACUCGGAACGGAAAUUCUAAAGAACUUGGUGUUGGCUGGAGUUCAUUCGGUUUGCAUCGUUGACAGUGCAUUUGUACAAACACCAGACCUUGGACAGAAUUUUUUUCUCAAGAAAUCGGAUAUAGGACGUCCGAGAGCAGAUGCUACGAUAGAAUAUUUGAAGGAGUUAAAUCCGUCAGUGCAAUGCGACUCGCUGCUAUUGUCACCACUCAAUCUAACUGCUGAGGAUUUGGCUAUCCUUUUGCAAUUUCACGUUGUGGUUGGUACAAAUCUGCCAGAAAAUGUUGCAGUUGACAUCUCGUCUUUCCUCUUUCCGCGUGGAGUACCAUUUUUAUGGGCAAGAGCAUACGGACUUCUAGGAUAUAUUCGCAUUUUUGUUCAAGAACACACCAUAGUGAACAACCAUGAAGAGAAUGCCCUACCAGAUUUGAGAAUCGAUAAGCCAUUCCCAAAACUACUGGAAAUGGCUGCAAAUACGGACUUGAAUUCUAUGACUUUGGAAGAGUUGCGACAUACUCCAUACAUCCUCCUAUACCUGAUUGCGCUUCAGCAUUACCGGAUUGAAGUGGGAGAUGAGCAUGCGUUCCCUGAUACUUACGCGAAGCGGAAGGCUUUUCUGGAAGUCCUAUUGAGAUUGCGCCGCGAGGGUGAAUGCGGAUCGCCGGAUGCUGAGAACUUCCUAGAAGCCAAGACGGCACUACCCAGAUCUCUGCAGAGGAGCGAAGUGCCACGUCGAGUUGCGGAAAUUCUCAUGGAUUCUAAAUGCGAAAAUACGUCAAAGUGUGCGCAACCAUUUUGGAUAAUAUGCGCUGCCUUACGUCGUUUCGUCAAUACUCAUGGUGUGCUACCACUUUCGGGGGUACUACCCGACAUGACAAGUGAUAGUAAGAGGUAUUCCCAUCUUGCUUCGAUCUUUCAUGAAAAGGCGCUUGCUGAUGCCGCUGAAGUUUAUGAACAUACUCGACAAAUCGUGCAAGAACGAGGUAUCGAGGCUAAUAUCACGGAAGAUCUCUGCUUUCGAUUUUGUAAAAAUGCACGAGGUAUUCGACUGCAACGUGGGACGGAAAGAGAUUCUAUGGAAGCAUUCCAGAAUUUGCUAACGGAAGUUGCGAAUAGUACAGAAGAUGAGCAGACGGUGCCAGCUGCAGUCUGGUUUCUUUUGUUACGAGCGGCUGAUAAGUUUUGUCGCGAAAAGGGAAGGUAUCCUGGUACGAAUGGCGUUCCAUGCACUAUCGAUGCUCUUGAUCUCAAGCAACGUGUUGUUUCUAUAGUUUCUUCUGCACAUGUAUCUAAUCCGGAAACUGUGGUGGCUUGUGUACCACAAAAUGCUAUUGCUGAAAUCUGCAGAUACGGCGCUGGAGAACUUCACGUAGUCGCCAGCUUAGUCGGAGGAGUUGUUGCCCAGGAAGUCAUCAAGUUAGCCACGAACCAAUAUGUACCUUUGGACAACACCUUCGUAUACGAUGGACAUACCCAACAAAGUGCGGUGUUUAGGAUGUAAAUUGAGUGACGAAGAAUCGUUCAUGAACUGCCAACAUCAUGGGUAAAGCUUAGCUUCUGAAGCAAGCGUAGAUUUUGUAAAUUGGAGAUUAUUGUGUAUUGUACUAGUUGAAAGGGUGGACAUGCAAUGUAG